GGAGAUUCCCGCGGGACAGGCAGAGGCACAACCGAGCACGAGACAGAAGUGGGCUAACUGCCAGAUCAGUUGAAGGACUGAAUUACUUCAGGGAUUCAUUGUUACCAAACCUAAAGUUGAUUCUGAAAAGCUGAGAUUUUGAAGGAUGGAGGAGUCUGACCUGCUGAAAGAGAGGCUACAGGCCAUCACGGAGAAGCAUCGCAUUCAGGAACACAUUAGACGGAAGAAACUGGAUCUGGACCAAGAGAAACUCAAACUGCAGCAUCUAAAGAAAAAAGCUCUGAGAGAGCAGUGGCUGCUACAGGACUCAGCUUCCCACAAUGCAACAGACUCCCCACGGCAACAGAGUCUCCUGUAUGACCAGCAGCAGACCAGAGCACUCCAGCUCAACAUCCAUAGGAUAGAGAUGGAGGUGGAGGCUCUGGAGAGAGAGGAGUCUAUGGUUUCCACCAACGAGAGCUUCAUCCUCAACAGACUGAAGGCUGUAGAGAAAAGUUCAGAGGACAUUAUCAAGCUCUGUUUGCCAUGGAGAUCAAUGUGACUAAAAACCUGUUGACAGGGGAGAGCACAGUACUUUCUACUGCAACAGUUCCUCCUGAGGAGUUGAACCAACACGCUGGGCUCAAGGUUUACGACGACGGCAGGAAAUGUGUCUAUGCCAUGAAUUCACAAGAGGGCUCACAUGACCAGAGCCGUGCGUCUGAGCUGUCAGCCAACGAGGUGGAACAGUUGCUGAGAAGCGCCACUGUGCAUCGCCAAGUAAAUCACCAAAAUCCCAGCAGAAGGGAGGAGCAUUACUUUUACAACCGCCAAAGUGAAAGAGACAGAAUGAGGGAAUGUGACCUCAGACAGCAGGGAGGACAUUACGGUCACCACCUCCUCAGGAACAACUUAACAGAGAAAUACUUUAGUCGUAGGGAGAACUGGCAGAGAAAACCAGGGGCAGAGCAUCACUACGGUCACCAGGAAAGCCAUUACAGAGGGCAGGAAGAGAGAAAUAACCAAAGCAACCUGAGGGAAGGUCAUCGCCUUGGAAACCCCAAGGGUUUGGAACAUCACCAUAGUAACCAGAAAGCUCGUCACUACAGUUCGUACCUGGCGAGAAACUGUCACAGUGUUCAAGAAGAUCGGCCUGCUAGCCAACACGCCAAUGGCAUUAUCCGAAGCAAUAGUAGGGUAAAUGGAAGCAGAGCCAAUGGCUGCCCUCCUCCCAGAUCACAUGACCAGGAAGUUGUGUCUGCCUACCAACCACAGCUCUGCUACACUCCAGCCAAUUAUAUUCCUCUUAGGGAUUACAUCAGCGUGGAUGAAGAAGAAGUUUAUUGUCCACCUUCCUAUCACAGCCAUGAUGGAAAGCAACCCGCUGCUCUAUACAGUGGCCCCACCCACUCUGACAGAGUCCCCUCCCCCAUUUAUGGAGACGACAGCCCCUACACCAUUCUCAACGCCAUCGAGACCACCGAGCCAAUCACAGCCAUCUUCAUGGGCUUCCAGACGGCGCAGGACGACAGCAGGCCAGGUCAGGAGUACGAGGGCUCCCUGAAGGCCGAGCUGGUCAUCAUUGAGGACAAUGAAGUCAACGGCAACAACAACAGCAUGAAGGAAAAGAAGAGUCACACCCAGCCCAGGGUCAAUGGUUAUCCAACGCAGUGUUCAGCCAAUGGAAACACAGGAUGUGUGGAGGGAGAUGGAGACAGACGGAUCGAGAGACUGGUUGGAUCAGGUAUCAGAAAGAUCCAAAAAAAACACAAAGCGUGCUGUACUGUCUGCUAACUGGACUAACUGAUGUUUGUGUGUCCAACACAGUAACCAGCUGUAUCCGUCUGAAGACUAACAAACAAAAACUGCUGUAUGUCACAAGUAAUGGGGAAUCAUGGAGAACGCAGCUGUUUAGUGUUGCAGGGGGCAACCACGGUUUGGUUCUGUGAUUCAUGCGUCUUCAAAUCCCACCGAGAGCAGUUGAGAAGCAGAGCCUCUUUAUAUAGAUAUAUUUUUUAUGUUGACUGCCACACGUUGUUUACUUGUGUAUUUUGUACUUACGGCUUCCAUCAAAAAUAGACCAAGCAGAGCAGAGAGCCGCUUCUGGUGGAAUUUCAAGUAUCACCAACUCUGCAAUUGUACUGGACUUUUUAGCCUCUUUGAGCUAAUUGUUUUUGGUUUCAUCCAACAUUUUAACUUAAAGCUAACUAUAUGUCUGUGAGUGUCACCACUGACAUCAGCCUGACAAUGCUAGCAGGCAGCUGUUUCCAGCCAGAAAGCUCUGAUAAAGCCACUGUACACUACCUGCUCACCAACAGCACACAGACACAUUUAGAGACCAGCUGGCAGAGGUGUGGGCUCGAGUCACAUGACUUAGAUUUGAGUCCACUAGACUGGACUCCGCACCUCAACUAUGACUUUAACACAAAUAACUGACUUCACUUGGACUCUUUGGACUUGAAAACAUUUGAUAUCUUCCCCUAAACGUUAUUUAGAGUGUGCCACGAAUACAGCCAUUUCUCCAGUCCACACUUCACUCCCAAGAUCCAGUUUGUUUGAACCAAUCUGAGAGAUGUGGGAAGGAGCACACUAUGACUUGUUUAGGACUCGAAACUCAAAGUUUAGGACUUGAUUUGAAACCUGACUUGCAAAACAAUGGCUUGGUUCCUCCUCUGCCUGCUGUUGAACAGGGGAGCAUUUAGCAGCUAAAGAGACACAUAUUUUCCUCAGGUGUUUGCAGUGCCGUAAGGCGAGUGAAUGUUGGACUUACAUUCAGCACGUGGACAGAAUCACUGCUCCGAAUAAAUGCUUGUUUUGUACAGUACAAUAUGACAAGUACUAACUUUCUACAGAAUAUCGACCUUAUUUAGAAUAUUGUCUUAAGUAAUUAUGCAACACAUAAUAAUGGAUUUGGAUUUGUGUAAAUAUAUAAAACCGUUAGUUAUUUAACAUGUGCUCAGGGUUAGAUUCCAGAGAGCUGCUGUCCUGUAGCUCCCUCUGCUGGUGUAAAGGUGCUGAUGUGACCUAGUUCACAGUAAUAAGCAGCUAUAAUAAGAAACAAUGAAAACCUCUGUAUACCAGCUAAUGGUAAGCUCAACAGUGAUUUAAAAUAAGUGCUUUUGUAGUAUUGUAUAGCACUGUAUACUGUAGUACAUUGGAGGCACCGAGUAGUACUCAGAAAAAAGAAAGCAAACUCAUCUCAGCUGCCUGAUACUGCUCCAUGUUAGCCCCAUAACAAUAUACAGGUGUGAUCAUUGGUUUGAUUUAGCUGCACAAAACUCAGUUUUAUUUUGGUUAGAAACUUUGGAUCAACACAGUGUCAGACUUACAAUGAAAACCAGCAAUAAUGUUAUGUGACACACUGUACCUAAAACAUUUGUAUUCCAGUGACACAUGGUAGAAAAACCGAGGCACGCUAAAAUAUUUACAGAUUUAAAAAUAUCUUACUGUAUCAUAUUUAGAGAGCAUUUUAUCAAACAGAUUUAGUAAAGAACUUCAAAUAACAUGUUUGUUUUUGUUUGGACAUUUUCAUACUAAUCUGGAGUGAUUGAACUGUACACGUUUGUCUACAACAUGUCAGAUAAUGAGCAGGUGGAAUGAUGAUGCUAAUAAACCUUUGUUACUGAUUAAAUUAACAGCUCGCUCUGUGUCUAAUCCUCAUCACAACAUAACACUGUGUGACUAGGUGUGUGUGUGUGUGUGUGUGAUAUUAAUCCUGCAUGAUGUGAAUCAGCUCAGAUGUCCCUCACAGAGUCAUGCUGGAUAUCAGUCUGUGUUAGUUUAUAUUGACGCUGAUGUCAUCUCAUUAUAACACCGUACUGUGUGUGUGUGUGUGUGUGUGUGUGUGUGCAGGGUACAUCCUGUAGCUGACAGCAUCAGGUCCAAUGACAUUAAUGACAGUACUUGUGUCAUUGGCACUGACAGACAGCCAACAUGAAUUAGAGUACAGUGGUAGCGUUGUUCUGGUUGUGGCUGCAGGACAGAAUGAGUGCACAGGUUACAGUAACACCUCCACUGCCACCUCCAGCCUCCUCCAAGAAAACACAAAGAAAUCUCAACUAAAGGUCCACUCGCUUCAUCAGCAGAUGGAUUAGCUCUGUGAGCUCAGACUAAUGAAAAGUUUGAACACUUUCAUUCUCAAGACAACAGGGAAAUGAUGAGGCCGGUGUUACUUGGUAAGAAGCUCUAGAAUAAGGAAGUAACCUUGAGUUGCAGUCAGUCUCAAUCCUUGUAUAGUUCCAUUAUUCUUGUUUAUCUGCUAGUGGUGGAAAAUACAUUUACUAAAGUACUGUACUUGAGUAAAGUUUUGAGGUACUUUUACUUUACUUGUGUAUUUCCAUUUUAUGCUACUUUGUACUUCUGCUCCACUACAUUAAGUUUAAAUCUUUAGUUACUUUACAGAUUCUGAUUAUUGAUGCAAAACCAAAUCUGAUGUAUUAUCAUUAAACUAUCCAGCAGUCAAUGUAAAGUUAUAAAAAAAAAAGUUAUUAAAAAAAAACACUUUAAUCCAAUAUCAUCGUCUUCCAUCCAGAUUCUGAAAUAGGCCAUUCUGCAUAAUAAGAACUUUUACUUUGGUAGCUUAAGUGCAUUUUGAUGUUAAUACUUCUGUACUUUUACUCAACAUUUUAAUACAAGAAUUUUACUAUUUCACUCCAAUUGUUUCCUGUGCAAAAUGUCUACCUAGGUUCUAGUUGUGAAGAUGCAGACCAUGUAGACAUGUACGUGGUCUCAGUUUGGUAGGGUUACUUGGAACACUCCAAAUGGUGCCAUUAUAUACUCUGUUAAACUUGAUUUUUCUUUCAAUACAAACUAGAAACAUCGCAGUAUGCAACACGAUGUUAUAGAAAAGCUGCAUUUCUACGCUACAACACUCCCAAAAAACCCAGUGAAAUCCCAGAGGGACUGAUUGGCGUAGAAGACUAGAGCUGCACAGUGUAAUGCUGCUCUGCUGACUGUCGGUGUGUGUGUUGUGUGUGUCAGGUACAGAGGAGUGAAGGAGGACGGCUGACCCAUCUGACAUGCUGGAGCUUUCAGUUGUCUCUUAGUUCUUUGUGUCCUGCUGUGAUCCCUGACUGACUGCUUCAGCACCAGCCAGCUGCUCGGCCUCCACCGCUGCCUUCAUAUAUCAGACUGUCUCAUGUUCCAACCAUUCUCUCCUCUUUCUGUGGUCCUGCUUCAUUCACUGUCUCUGCCCCAUUUCACAAACUGCCAAAGAUAAACAUUUUUCUAAUGUAGAUGCUUUGUUCUGUGCAACCCAGACUCUGUCUCUAAGACAUCUGUUGACCUUAAACAUUUGACUGCUUAUUGAUGUUGUUAAAGUUUGUGAUUGUGAUCUUAUAAACACACCUUCAACAAUAGUGAUGCACUGUAGGGAAACUGCAUCCAAGAAUGGCUAAAUUAUCAAACUAUUAUCCAUGUACACUGGUUGUCAUACAUGUCCAGCUGUUUAGGACUAUAAAAAAGCAUUAAGUGUAGAAAGUAGAGACAGUGGAUAUCUUCUCAGCUACUGACCAACAAUAGAAACCAAAUCGAAUCUAUCCUUUACUGCAUGUAGUAAUUUAAAUUCCCCCUCCAGUCAAAAAUCUGUGUUUCCUCUUAUUCCCACAGUGUGAUGUUUAUGGCAGUCCAUUUAAGCCAAUGUGAUCAGCUUCCUUGCUGUGAGAGUUUACUUAUAGCAAGGUAUCUUCCUGGUGUCUUUUGACUUAGUCAGGGUGUAAAUUUGACAAUAAAGAGUUUUCUUUGUCACA